AUGUCUGUGCUGCUUGAAAACAAGGGUAACCCGACCAUACCCGCGCCCCUGGCCUUCGCCUCUUGGCUGGCCAGCAACGGCGAGAAGCUGCAGCCCCCAGUCAAUAACUACUGCCUCUAUACGGGUGAUGACUUUAUCCUCAUGGUUGUCGGCGGGCCCAACAAGCGGAACGACUUCCACGUUAACGAGAUGGAAGAGUGGUUCUAUCAGCUCAAAGGCGAUAUGCUCCUCCGUAUCGCCGAGAACGGCCAGUUCCGCGAUAUCCAUAUUGCCGAGGGCGAGAUGUUUAUGCUACCUGGUUCUACCCCACACAAUCCCAUCCGCUAUGCUAAUACCUCGGGUCUGGUUAUGGAGCGCACACGGCCAAAGAGCGCUAGGGAUCGGCUACGCUGGUAUUGCACAAAGGGUAACCAUGACCAGGUCACCAUGAUCCGGGAGGACGUGUUCCACUGUACGGACUUGGGCGUGCAGCUGGCGCCGCUGAUCCGCGACUGGCAGAACAACGAGGAGCUGAGGAAGUGUCCUGAGUGUGGAGAGAUUGCAGAUCCAAUGUAG